UCUCAUUGUUCCAUCUGUGCUUGUAACGUUAGCUAGUAGGAGUGGCCACGGCAUGGGCGUCUAGCUAGAUUUAUAUUAACGAACGUAGCAACGUAUAUACACGUAUUCGGAACAAAUUUAUCAGAUGAACAUAGGCUUGCUAGUUAUGUCAAAUUUGCGAUAAGUCAAGUUAACGACAAUGUGUUCGGAAUGUAAGGUCUAUGAGAUCUCUGAGCAAGUUUGUUUACUUUUUGCCAUACUUCUCGUUUGCUACAGUAGCUAAUUUACUGUAGCUUGCUAGCUAAUGUCAAUUUUGCUUCGCGGCUAGCCGACGUCGGUUUGACUUUUCUAGUGCACAGUGACUCUUGAUAUCACACGCUAAUAAUCGUAUUGUGAUUGAUACUGGUGGGUAGAUCAUUUAGCUAGCUAACGUUAUAGUUGCAUAGUAAUUUACGCGGAUUAGCUAACAGUUGAAUUGGUAAGAUUUUUUUUGUUAGCUAAAUAUAAACAACCACAUUUUUAAGAAGUGAUAGCCAGGGUUUAAAUGAAAAAUGCAGCCUUACAGUUAUCGUCGUCAUGGAAGUUUAUCUCCCAAUGCCCGACCAAUACGUCAAAAGUUACUGUUUGCACCGAACGAUGAAGAAUACGCCCCGAUUGAUGACGGCAACAGUACAGGAGACGUAUCGGGUUUUACAGAAAUGGACUCUCCAAUGCGACUGGACAGUGUCGAUAUUAAACGACUCGAGGACAACAGCCCUCUGAAUCGGACUGCGGAUGAUGUGGAACGGUGCCGGUGGGGAGAAGAAGGAUUCCGUUAUCCGUCUCACCUUCAACCCCCCAUUAGCGUUAUUUUCAUUAAAGGCUCACCGGCGUCACCACGGAAAAACUCUCAGGUGUACGGGAGUUCACCGGAGCGGUCAUGCAUUCAGGAAGAUGGGGACUGCUCGAGCUCACCUAUUCCAGACUGCCCCGACACACCUCAACAUAAAACCUUUAAAAAACUACUCCUUUUUGAUACUCCACACACACCAAAGAGUUUGCUGAACAAAGCCAGAACUGCCAGCUCAGCGUCCUCAAGUAGGAGAGUAGCCCUCUUCGGGAAUGUAGAAUCCACAGGAAAAUCUGGUCCGGACAGCAGGAGAAGCCAGACCCCUUUGGUCAACAUCAACCCCUUCACCCCCGAAUCCCUCCUUAUCCAGUCUGCCACUCAACAGAGGAACAGCAGAAAGAGGGCACACUGUAAUGACUCCUGUGGUGAGGACAUGGAGGUGAGUGAUGCUGAAACAGAGGAAGAAGUCCGUCUUCCACCAAAGAGAAUAACCAUGAUGGAGAGCAACAUGAAUUCCAGGUAUGCCUCAGAGUUCCACGAGCUGGAGAAGAUCGGCUGUGGGGAGUAUGGUGCAGUCUUCAAGUGUGUGAAAAGACUGGAUGGCUGCGUGUACGCCAUCAAGUGUUCAAAGAAGCCCCUGGUAGGCUCUGUGGAUGAGCAGAACGCCCUCCGGGAGGUGUACGCCCACGCCGUGCUGGGCCAGCACCCUCACGUGGUGCGCUACUACUCGGCCUGGGCUGAGGAUGACCGCAUGCUCAUCCAGAACGAGUACUGCAACGCUGGCACCCUCUCGGACGUCACGGCCAAGAACUACCGGCGGCUCAGCUUCCUGUCAGAGCUGGAUCUGAAGGGCCUUCUGCUGCAGGUGACGCGCGGCCUCAAGUACAUCCACUCGUCCUCACUGGUCCACAUGGACAUCAAGCCUAGCAACAUUUUUAUCUCACGCAAGACGGUUGGUAGUGUAGUAGACGUGUGUGACGAGGAGGACGAAAAGGAUGGACUGGCCACCAGUGUCGUGUACAAAAUAGGGGACCUUGGCCACGUGACGAGGUUAAACAAUCCUCAAGUUGAGGAAGGUGACAGCAGGUUCCUGGCAAACGAAGUCCUUCAAGAGGACUACAGCAACUUGACAAAGGCAGACGUCUUUUCCCUGGCCCUGACUGUGAUCAGUGCCUCUGGGGCAGAGCCUAUGCCCAGCAAUGGGGACAAGUGGCACCAGAUCCGUCAGGGAAAACUCCCACCUAUCCCACAAGUUCUCUCUCAGCAAUUCCUGAGUCUACUCAAGCUGAUGAUCCACCCUGACCCCGCCAGGCGGCCAUCCACCUUUGACCUUAUCAAGCACCCGGUGCUGUUGACGGCAGCUAGAAUGAGUGCCGACCUGCUCCGUGUGGAACUCGACGCAGAGAAGUUCAAGAACGCCCUGCUUCAGGAGGAGCUGAAGAAGGCCCAGAUUGAGACAACUGCAGCUGAGGAGAAAGUUCUGACCCGCUCCACUGUCCAGUCCAACCCCAAAACCUACAGAUUCGUCGGCAAGAAGAUGAACCGCUCAAUGAGCCUGAACAUUUACUGAGACUGACUCAAACACAGAUCCCCUGAGUGGCGAGCAAUAAUGGUGCUGGAUCAUGGACUGAAAACAAAUAUCUUGAGUUUCCGACUACGUAUUCUGUUCGAUCCAAGUGGCGUGGAUUCUACUUAAGGCAGUGGUCACCGACCUUUUCUGGGUCAAAAUGCAAGCUGCGAUUUACCGCGCAGAUAUUUUUUAUAUUUUUAAUUUGACUUUAAAACGUAUUAAGCCUAUGCAACAUUAACCAAUUGAAAACAGUUCUGUAACAAUUAGGUUUGUGCAGUAGUCUAUAGGCCCAAUUCAUUAUCACUGCAAAUUGGCUAUGCUUGAAUUGCCCUGCCAAGGUUCUCAGACCAUUUUGAAAUGUGGUAUAUGAUCACGCUGGUAAUAGACAAGCCAAGCUUAUCAGAACACUUUGCUGCACUCGUUCAUUGCAGCAUGAAUGGAAGUAGGGAGAACGUGCAUUUUAUGGCUUGUAAAAAUGUGGAACAAAGUGUUGACGGUGCUGAAUAACAACUUAAACAUGAACUUACUCAGAAAAAAAACAGCUCUUUGAUGUAUUCGUUCUCUCUAGUCAUGGUUUUAAAACUUCCGAAAUCUCACAGUAUCAACUUUGGUGUGCUUUCAAGGUUUAUUUUUACAGUGUGUUUCGAUGAAACGGCAGACAGUGAUCUGAGCAAUCUGAUUGGCCAGUGGUAGGCCUAUAGGUGCUGUUGAUUUGCUCUCUGGGCCUGCCGGGUAGGUGGAGUUCUACCUUCAGACAAGAAAUGGGAACACUUCGCCUUCCCGGCUGAAUCAAGUGCACCUACUGCCAACAGCGCAAAGCAAAUAAAGAAAAAUAGGAAUGCAAGGCUUUAUCGUUUUUUUUUUACAGAAAUGUUUGGCGCUCGACUAGGAAUGCCUUGGAGAUCGACCAGUCGAUCCAGCCAAAUGGGCCUCAUUUCCACUGGUCACAGGGGACUUUACCCUGUCUCAAUGCUGUGGGUGGGCCUGCUUUGUCCAACUCUGAGAC